AUGAAACGCUGGGCACUCCUUCUCGCUGGACUAUCAGUGACCGUCGCUGGCCUGCCUCAGACGCACGAGGUACUGAAUUGGGCACCGUGUCAAGAAGUCAACAAGCAGAUAGCAGAUCUCGUUGCACCUUUUCCAAUCACACCCUUCGACUGUGCAAAUCUGAUGGUACCCUUGGACUACGAUGAGCCUUGCACUUCGGAAAAGAUUCAGCUCGAUCUCUUCCGAGUCAAUGCUACUCAAAAACCAGUCCUUGGUAGCGUCCUCUUCAACCCAGGCGGGCCCGGUGGCACAGCGGCGGAAAUGUUGCCUCUCGUCGCCGAGUCAGGCCUUCAUCUCAACAUUGGAGGCCAGUUUAACCUCAUUUCGUGGGAUCCUCGUGGCACAGGCAAUACCAUUCCGUUCAAUUGCAGCACAGGCGAAAGCGCUGCAACGGGAAACCCCGUACGACGCGGCGACUACCGCACCCUUCCGAGCAGCAAUGUUACCCAAAAUUUCAUCGACGUUGGUUGGGACAUUGCUCGACAGAAGGCCGAAGACUGUUAUGCCACAAACAAUGGGACUGGGGAGUUCAUUGGCACUGGCUCAGUGGCGCAUGACAUGAUCUCAAUCAUAGACUCCCUCGGAGAAGAUGGUCUUUUGCGAUACUACGGGUGGUCGUAUGGCUCAGCACUUGGCUUCUACUUCGCAGCUAUGUUUCCCGAACGUGUCGAUCGCAUGCUCUUGGACGGAAAUGUCAACCCUCAUACAUGGCAGCUUGGAUAUCGCCCCGAGCUGUUCGAAGCGGUCGACAAAGCAUUCGCAGCGUUUAUCGACGAGUGCUGGAAGAACGGCAAGGACUGUGCACUUGUCACAGAGUUGAAUACAACUUCGAAGGCAGAGAUCUGGAAUACAAUGGACGCCUUGAUCUAUGCUGCGGCCAAGAACACGACCACAGCUGCUGGGUUCGAAGCAUACAUUGCCAUACUCGGACUCAUCGAACAGAGACUGUACUAUCCGAAGCAAUGGCCGAAGCUUGCUCAGAUCUUCGCAGAUAUGUUGACGGGCAAAAUCGAAGCGAGUCCCGCGAACUCGUCAGCCCCCGCGCCCCAGCCAUACAACCACGGCGUGGACGCAAUCGAUGGAAUUCGGUGCAGCGACGCAACCUUUCAGACCGCGGAACUAGAAGAGUACUUUCCUAUCCUCGCUCAACAGCUGAAUCACAGCCGGGGGUUUGGCGCAUUCUACAAUGCAGUCUGGCCGUGCGCAUCCUGGAAGAUGCCCGAUAAGCAACAAUACCGCGGCGACUUCAAGGUGAAGACGCGUCAUCCAAUUCUCAUGGUCAAUGGCGAGUUUGACCCAACGACGCCGAUUAGCGGUGCUUACAAUGCCAGCUCGGCCUUCGAUGGCAGCGUCGUUCUUGCACACAAUGGGUACGGACACGGCAUCUUUCCCAGUCCGAGCAAAUGCGUUGCAGAGAAGAUUCAGCAGUAUUUCGUUCAUGGAAGCCUUCCUGAGGCAGGCAUUGCUUGCGAGCCUGAUUUUGGCCCGUGGGAAUUGGCUGAAUACUACGCAGCUAACAACAUCUCGAGACCGUUUUAG